CCUUUUGGGAAAACGCCAAGAAUAGAGGUCCUCUCUUCUUCCACCUCCGGUUUCUCCUGCAGCCUCUUCUUCCGCUUCCUCCUCCCCCAAACCAUCUCGAUUUCCACGAGCCAUCCGCAGCACGCGCACCAACCCAACAACCCAGGCCCCGCCCCCGCCCGAGCAGCACAAUCCCGCGGCCUCCGCGCGCGCGCAUUCCUCGCGCCGCGCACAGCCUCAGCUCCCCCCCGACGCCGCCCCUCUCGCCGGCGGCGGCGGCGCCAUGCCGCGGCGGGGCGAGACGGCGGUGGUCCCCAUUGAAUCCGAAGGCGGCGGCGGCGGCCAAGGCAGGCCCAAGAGCCCGCGCCGCUCGCGCAGCCAGGGCCCCGGCCACCACGGCCACCGCGGCCCGCAGCACCGGAACGGCGGCCACCCGCAGCCGCCGCAGGAGUUCCGGCCGUUCCGGAGGUGGUUCCCUUUCCUGGUGCCGCUCUUCAUCGUAGCCAACAUCGCCCUCUUCGUCCUCACAAUGUACGAGAACGACUGCCCCGCCCACGCCGCGGCCGCCGGCGCCGCGAUCGGCGGCUCCGUCGGCGGGGCGGGCGCUGCGCAGGGAUGCUUGCUGGAGCCGGAGCUCGGGAGGUUCGCGUUCCAGUCGUACAGGGAGAACCCCCUCGUUGGGCCCUCUUCCGCCACAUUGUUGAAAAUGGGGGCACUUGAAACUAGUAAAGUUGCCAAAGAUCACGAAGGGUGGCGCCUCAUCACUUGCAUUUGGUUACAUGCUGGUGUUAUCCACAUACUUGCUAAUAUGCUCAGUCUCCUUAUGAUUGGAAUCAGGCUUGAGAAGGAAUUCGGUUUCCUGAGGAUCGGCACACUAUAUGUGAUCUCAGGGGUUGGUGGUAGCUUGCUGUCUGCUCUAUUUAUGGUGUCAAAUAUCUCUGUCGGUGCUUCAGGUGCACUGUUUGGAUUACUGGGCUCCAUGCUGUCCGAGCUGAUAACAAAUUGGACAAUAUAUGAGAAUAAGUUUGCAGCUUUAUUGACUCUUGUUAUGAUCAUUGCUAUCAACUUAGCUGUUGGGAUCCUUCCGCAUGUUGAUAACUUUGCUCAUAUUGGAGGAUUUAUAUCGGGGUUCUUUCUUGGUUUUGUCCUCCUAAUCCGCCCACAAUUCGGAUACAUUAACCAAAAGAACUCGCCUCUUGGAUUAUCCACAGGCCCAACUAAAUGCAAGUACAAGACAUAUCAAAUUAUACUUUUGGUGAUUGCUUUGAUGAUAUUAAUCUCUGGGUUCACCAUUGGCUUUGUAUUGCUAAUGAAAGGGUUCAAUGCUAGCGAGAACUGUUCUUGGUGCCAUUAUCUGAGCUGCGUUCCUACUUCAAAAUGGAGUUGCAAAGCACCGAGCAACUAUUGCCUGUCUUCACAGCUUGAAAAUCAAUUAAAUCUGACAUGUCAAAGCACCGGAAAGACCGAAACUUAUGUUCUCAACAAUCCAAGCAACGCGGAAGCGAUUAAAAACCUUUGUCUUGGCCUCUGCAGUUGAUGGUGAAUGUAUGUACUUUCAUGACAAGGAAUUGAUAUCUGCAUAUUUAUGGAAGGCAAGUAGAAGCCUAUAUUCACAGUGCGACCUCAGAUAAUGCCUUUGGGCCUCUAUAAUUGCCUUCUAAUGUAUAUACUGUGUAUUCCAAAUGGCAGCUCGCAGUCAUGAAAGAUGGAUAAUUUGAGGCAGUAGUUUCUAAAAUCCCAAUUGACCACUUGCAUUCUUA